AUGUGGAGAAGAGCACAUUAGAACGAGAGUGUUGAUGAACCACAUAAUAUGGAAAAACAAAACACUGUGAUAACAAAACGAAUAAAAAAGGGGAAGGAUAAAUUUCUUAUGUCAAUUUUUAAAUCAGUUCCCAGAGAUCAGUAACUAAUAUAUAGGGUUAUAAAGCCAACUCACCCACUUAAUGAUGGAAGGUAUAAUGUAAACUUUUCUGUUAUCGAAAAAAACCCUGUCACAGCGGUAAUUUCAACCAAAAGUGCAGCCGAUAUCAAGAGACCAAUUGAAUUAAAGCCUUUUUGUAUGCAAAAGAAUUUAGAAUGUUCUUAUCAAUCAAGAUAGUAUUUUAAAAACUAAAAUGAAAAAUUUAAGUAGGACAUUUUAAAUUCUAAGGGCUAAAAUCUUAUCUCAUUGGCUAAUAUGCAGGCAUUGAAUAAAUAGAGUCCUGAAUCAACAUAAUAAAAUUUAAAUAAUGCUAAUUAAGAAGAGGGUAUUAAAGAACUACAAUUCAAUCAUCAUCAAUCUUUUAUAAAUUAGCAGCAUAACACUACCUAAGAUAAUACAAUUCAGAAUUCCCAAAAUCCUGAUCUCUAAAGAAAGGAGACUUUUAAAAAGAGCCUAGUUAGUUACAGAACUGAUGGAUUAAGAUAAGUUUAAAGGGAUUUGUCGCUAGUUGAAAUAUAUGAUAAAAUGAAAAAGCAUAUCUAAUCACCAAUUGAAUUCACAAAGUAGAUCAGAAGGCCUCCAAUUACUAAAGGGAGUUUUUUGAGUGAGGAGAGGUUUAUAAAUUUCAAUAAAAUGCCUCGAAAUCAUACUCAGUUUAAAAAUAGCCCUACUCCAGAUUUUUCAAAGACUUCUUCAAAUACAACAAUAGAUACCUUCUUUGGGCUUCCAAAAGAUAAUCAAAAUGCCUAAAAUUAGAUAUACAAUCCUAACUACUAAUUAGUUUAUUAGUAAAAUAGUGUAGUUGAUUUCAAACGAUUUGUCACUCGUGAAUAUAAAGAGAGGCUUGAAAUAGAUCCUAAUAAGCCAUAGAAUCCUUAUGAUAGUGAUAAAAUUGUUAGAGCUAUAGAUAACUUAAGCAAUUACAGAAGAACACCAGUGAUGGCUAAUUUUGAAAAAAUCUAAGGUCGGGAUGAUAGGCUAAUGUACAAACUAAACAAAUCAAACAUUGAUGAUGUACCAUAAUGCGAAAUAAGAUGUGAAAAUUAUCUUCCAAAUAGUAUUAAAAAUUCUCCUUUGAGAAGAGAAAUUAGUCAUUCAUAUACCACUAGAAAACUCUAGUUAAGGAAACACUAGAAUUACACCACAAGUCAUAGUAGAUUAGGGAAUGAUAUAGACAUAAAUGAAAUACAAAGUGAAAUGUUCCCAAACGUCUCUUUUCAGCAACUUUGA